GGCAGGCAGACAGGCAAACUUAGGGGCCACUGCAACGAGAGCUGAUUAUGUGGCGCAGUGGCUGAGCACUUUCGAUCUGUGUGGGUAUCUGAGACAUUUGCUGCAGCGGCCGCUAGCGUUGUCUGUGCGUUCGUCUCGAGUCUAGAUGCCAGCCCGACCCCGUUCCUUAGGGUAGUUUAGCCUCUGUAUCGGACCCUUGCCCAAUGAUCCCUUGUGCUGCCUGGUCACCAAAGCGUUCGAUCGUUCUACUCCGUACAAACAAACAUAAGAUAUUUCAUCGAGAGACCCAUCAAAUGGCGCACUGAUGAGCAGAUGCGGCAGCAAAGGGAGUAGCCAGAACGAGUCAAUGUACCAACAGCUGCCGAAAUCAGUGCAGGCCUGUUCCUAACAGCGUCCGUCUACAAGUUGCUCAAGUGAUACCAAUAGUGUACGUUUGUUUGGUUUUGUUCGGACACGGACUGAUUAGAUACGCUGAGCUUGAUGUCUUUUCAUUUCUACAGAUCGCAUUAUAUUUGUCCAGUCCAUCGCUCGAGACGCCUAAUAGAUACUUGGCGCAGUUGAAGAUAGAGUGCAAGAACGACAACAAAGUGGAGCUACUAUAGUGGAGUAAAACUGAAGUGAUCUAAUGAGCUAAGUAAUGCGGUUCACUCUCUUGUUGACGCUAUUCGUAUCAGUCGUGCACACAACACUCGUUCAAUCACAGUUUCUCUCCAGAUUGCUGAGUCACUUCCUAUUUAGCUCCCGUCACUCAGACGAGGAGGGCUAUCCGCGAUACGGGCACAGCUACUCCAUGAUACCACUGCGAGAACCACCAAAAUCCUUCCGCAAACUCGGCUUAUGCUACUCGCUGCGACCUCCACCAAGACGGCGAUAUCACCGAAGGCCCUCAAAUCCCUCGGAUCCAUUCAAGUACGAUCCCGACGACGAGGACUACUACAGAGAGCAUGCACUCCCACGCCCUCCCAGGAGGCCAUCUCCUUCGUAUCAACGAACAUAUGUGUACAAUCUACCGCCGCCACAAUCUAGCCACAAGUCUAACGAGCAGGACGGCGACGACAAUCAUCCCCCAAUGACGAUCUAUCUCCAGGCGGGUGCCAACGGGGACUACAACAAGCCUCGUCGUAUCCGUGUCGUCACACUUGACUCGUACCCGCAUUUCCACCGAGAGUUUGGCUACGGACACAAUAACCCCUACCAAACGGGUCUUUGGAACAAAGGCUUCAUCCAGCGUGAUAUCAUCUUUCCUCAGAACUACCACAGCAGUAGUGACAACAAGCGUGGUCUUCACGCGUACGGGGCCACGUACGGGAGUGGCGGGUAUCCAGAACCGACUCUUGGCCACAUAUUUAAUGGGUUUGGCGACAGUGACGACGCGAUUGAUUCGUAUGGUGAAAGCCUUAAAGGUGGCAACUCUGUCGGAAGUGGCGGAACGGUAAUUGUCCCUGAUCCGGCGUAUCAUUCGGUUAAUACGGGGUAUACCGCGUCCAGACAUGGUGGAAUCGCCGACGAAAAAAGCUCUUUUGAUGCACACGCUCAGUCAACAACGGUAGCAGCCAAAUUUGAUUACGACUACUAUCGAAAAAAACGACGGAAGUAGAUUUCUGCUGCAGAAGCAAAUAGAGAAAAUAAAAGCAAGGAAAAGUAGAUACGAGUCAAGGGUAAGCAUAGACGAACGUAGAAAACAGCCUCGCAAUGACGCCCCCUCCAUGUUGAGAUCUAGUGCGCCUACGGAAUGUUCAAUUUACUUGAUAACACUUUUAUGUAAUUGUUAGAUUCGAUUGACUUUUUUUAAUUGAGUGUAGGACACUAAGACAACGCUGUAUAUAUUGUAAAAUCAACAUCUCAAAGCCAUAGAGAUAUGACCAUCCCAAAUUCAAUUGAUACAUUGAUGUAAUUGGCAGUGAAAAGUUUGCAGGACCUCCAAUUAGUGCUUGUUCAAAAAAUGUAUACAAAAUGAUAAAGAGUAGUCAAUCGGCUACGUUGAAUGUGGCCGACAGAUUUGCAAAAUUCUCGUAUGUGUUUUUAAUAACCGAAGCGGAGCAAUCUAAAGCGAUUGAUAUCUCCUUCAAUGCCCUGGACGCCAUCCAGUGUUUUUCCAGGAAAACGUAAAAUGUAUACUUUAAUAUACUCUAUAUAUUCUUAAAUAAUUCUAGCGAUCUCGCUGAGUUUUUAGAACUAGGCUAAAAGCUACUAACCGAAAAUGUAAUCGUCUAGUUCAUCAUAUAUAGCGGAAAUACCUAGGUAAAACAAUGUCAAUAGAAUACUUUUCGCGUACCCCUAUAUCUUAGAAUAAGCAGCAUAAAAGUAAAUAAAUGAUGAUCAUUAUUUUGGUCGUAUCAACCCAGUACAAGACUUAGCCUAGCCGCUAGUAACCAAUCCAAUCGGACCCAUUUCGAUGCAACAAAGCCCAAUUAUAUCAAUUGUACUGUUGUAUACUGUUUGUAUACUGUUAUAUACAGUUAACAUGACUGCAACAGUCAUGUUAACUGUAGGAACGAAGCCAGUUGUCUCGUAAAAGUUAGAUUAGAAAAAAUUACCUCAUUAGAGGUAAUCUGCUACGUAUCUGUUAUCUCUAAAUGAGAAUAUAUAGGUUUUUUUUUAAAUUUAAAUUAAAACGCCUAACUUUUAGUGAACCUAGGUACCUAUCUAAUAAAGGCGGCACAAAAUUAACGAAUAACCCUUCUACUUUGUUCGUUGUAGUUUCCAUUUACGAGGCACAGAUAUGAAACAGAAAUGCUCGCUGCUGUAAUUUCCAAGACAAAUGUAGGUUAUUUCUCUCUAGAAAACAUUUACAUACCAAUAACGCCAAUUCUUUUCUACUGGAUGUUACCAAAAAUUUGCGUAGACGGUGCAUAUUUUUUUUCUAAAUCACAAGCGCUGAAAUCCACGUUAAUAUGUUUGCUUGGAUAGACAAAAAUUAUUCCUUUUGAUUUUACCAUGCUUGUUUUUACGAUUUACAUAAACUGUUCACUGUGACAAUUUUUUAUGGUCUUCGCAUGAAAUUUACUUAAAUAACUAUUAUGCUACGGAUAAUAAGUAGCUCAUAUUUCUAAUUUUAUACUAGUAUAUUCAAACAGUAGAGUUGGGUUUGAGUACCAACAAAAUACUUUAUUCAAAUUUGUUGUAGAUGUAUGUUGUAGAUUAUUUCUCCUCGUGUCUCGUUUUCAUUUGCCGUUGACAUUCUUUUUUCCCGUCAGGGAUUCUUUUGUCUAUUAUUAUCAACCGACAUUUCUCGUUGUCUUCGUUCUGGUCUCCCAAAAGUGACCGUUAUCCCCGUAUAAUUGUAGGCAUUAUGAUCUAGUUGUCAAAAUAACAGCAAUAGCAUUAUCAGCCCGCCUGCUUUCCUUACUCUAUAACACUAGCUAUGAUAAGAUAAUAAUAGUACUAAUAAUUAUAGUUCUUACUAUCGCAAUGAUCAUCACAAAGUAUUUCUAUAUUUCUUAAUGAGCUGCAAAUUGUCGAUAAUCUUCUCGGUGGCUGACGGCAAGGGUGGAAAAAUCAAUCUUAGACGAUAGGAAAAAACAAAUAGCUUGGGACAAAGCAUAACUUUUAUACGUACGCAGUGCUAUUCUCUUCCAGUUCUACUCUAAUGAAAUCAAUUAUAGUUUGUAAAGAGAUGUUCAUCGUUUGCUUUUCGAUGCGCUGAUGAGGUCUCAUCAGUCCCGCCGCUGCUAUAGGCAACGAUUAAAAAGACAACCGUUGACGUUAACAACAAGGACCUGUCAAAAAUCACGCCCUGUCGCACCGUUUCCAGGUCCAAUUUAUUUGCCGUCUUCCUGUUCAUUUUCAUUGUUUCGCUUCCCGUUUUACGUUUCGAUACCGUUUCAAAUCUACAGACCUUUUCUUUUUGCUAUCAAAGCGACCAGCUAUAGUCUAAAACUAUAUUCCCCUCUUUAGCGUAGAAGUUUUUGAGUGCGUGUGAUAAAUCCAUGUUUUUUUUUUCAUUUACGAGGUUGUCUUAACCGGGUCACCAUCACAUAGAAUAUCUUUCUAUCUUAGCGUAUCUACGUAGGCUAACACCAACUGUCUCGACUAUGUAUCUCAUGGUAGACAAGGCUCUGCAAACCGGGGCACCGCAAUCGGAAGAAUAUGACACUGGAAAUUACGUACGAGAGUCAGAUUGCAGGUUGUGAACGAGAAUCAGAGGGCCGACUUGUUUAUGAGUAUGUAUUUAUAGUAAAUAGGAGCGUUUUCAAAUCUGAACGUUAUUUGACGCAAGAGGCUUUACCGAUUCUCUUGUCCUUCUUGCUACUUGUCAUUUGAGGCGUUGUUUUUGCUAUUACGUACGUUCGUGAAUUUAAAUCCAGACGUAUCUUCACAUAUAUCUGUGCAGUAUAAGCAUGUCACAGCAUUUUACUUAGGAAGGCCGCUGUGUGCGGAGAUCAACAGCAGCGUAACAUCCGAUGAAAACAGGAGUAGCAAAAUCUUUCUGUUUCAUCUGUCAUAUUAGGACUACAAUAAUAAGAACAGGCACUGCAGUGCCCAUUCGUAAGCGUCAUGUACUGUCAAACGGGUCACUGCAAUCCAAUUAUUAAUUGCAACUAAAUGAUAACUCAUUUCUCUUACCAGUACAAAAACACAAUGACAACUGUGCAUCAUAUAAAUACAAACGGAACAACAGAUCAACAGCUACGGAAGGCUUAUCAUAAAAGAGCAGUGCUAAAAUCCAGUUGUUUAAUUAUACCGUAUAUGAGAUUAAAGGCCACUGAAAUAUCGCCCUUCGCAACGUCACAUAUAAUAGGACUGGCGUUAGUGGUACAAGCUCGUUAAAUUUGUUGGCGCACGUUCUUAUCUUCAUUAGAUUUCUGCCUGAAUUUCAUUCUAGCAUGUUUAAACUCUUGAUAUUUAUUUAUUUAUUUAUCUAUGCAUCUCAUGGUCGACAAGGCAAAACGAACGCUACAAUCCCCAAUGCCGGUGUUAAAAACGAUGGUCUUCAAUAUCCCACUCAUGUGUGUAUUCAUCAAGGAAAUAGACAAGACAGUGUAACAGCUGCUCCGCGCAUGUUUCAUAGAGAAGUAAUAGAGUGAU